GGGAGACGCCACCGACGGCGACUACUUCCGAGAUGUUUUUCAUCCAAGUGGUGGCGGGCCUCAGCAGCAUUUGAGGAGCAAUUUGCGACAAACAGCCCCGACUUCUGGUCAGGAGGGCUAUGCCAGCCCAGCAACCUUCGAACAUCCACCCUGGCAGUGCCCAGAGCAACCAGAGCAACAACCUGAUUGGCACCCUGAUGAAAUCAGGUCUGGCAAAGACCUGACAGGCAACCUGGUGGAGGUACAGAACAUUCCAGAAGCUGAGCAAAUUGCAACGCUAUACGCCACACAUGGAUGUUCCCAUCCUCUCACUCUACUUUACAACGGAGACACCGACAACACCAAAGCCAGAGACUGGAAACAGUCGGCUGAAAAGCCUUUGGUAGCCAAGCACAAUGCCCAUGGCAAAGACCGGCCACGGUCUUCCAGAAAGCAGCCGUUCGUGUGGCAGCGCCGGCAGAUUACCGCAGUUUGCAUACACCAAGAGAUUCAGUUCACAAAAUGCUUUGCGACAUGGCCAGUUGGCAGUGUUGUCCCACCUCCAGCCUCACUGGCGGCACGUGGCAGCAACAGCAAUUUGGCACGCAACAACUCACAGUUGGAUGGAUCAAAAUGCUCAAGUCCGAAGCUGACAAGCUUUGCACACAUAGUGGCCAACAUGGCAUCUUUCUGUAGCAUCAAUCAGGAACGUCGUAGCAGCACAGCCCAGGCUGCAGAGACACAACCCACAGCACCGCCCCGCACCAACACGGGCGCACACAACAUCACAGUUCCCAAGCAACAGCAUUAUCCCAAUGACCCUUCGGAUGCCAUUGCGCAGGGAUGGAUUGAAACCGACCACAAAGGGUCGGGUGAUUGCGGCUACCGGGCCGCAGUUUGGCUAGAUGCCAUCGGUCUGCAAGCACUCAGUGAGAAAACAGGACACCAGCUGGUCAUAUUGCCUUUUGCCACCAGCGGACGUGGCUGGAGCUUCACCUGUGCAGCUUGUACCUUGACCCGGCCCACUUUAGCCGAUAUUCGCAAAAGUGGAAAAAAGAAGCCCGUGCUGUUUUUGCGGCCAAUCAUCCCACGAUUGCCCGCGCGGAUGACAGCAACGGAACGGAAAGCUCCGCACUGCAUUUUGAUUCCCACUCGAAAGUGGCACAAACCUACAGAUGUUGAGAUUGAUGUUUGGAUCGCCGCCCUGAAAGAUGCUUGGGGUCCAACAAAAACCUUUCCUUUGACAGGGGAUGCUGAUGCCGAUUGGAAGCUUUUCUGCAGCAAAGCAGAAAAUAUGCAUCUCGAAGCCCUGCGAACAGGGGGACAGCUUGCAAAUGACCGUGGAUCCUUUCGAGCCAAGAGUUCAGUGCCAAAAAUCACGAGACACAAGUGCCACACUGUCCGUGCAAAGCAACUUCUGCCUUUCAGAGAGCGCAAUUUGCUGGGGCGCGCCAUGGAAGCGCGCAGACAAGAACAAGCUGGACGCGAGGCUGACGCGCAGCAUUUGUUGCGCAAGUUACAUACCAACCAGGUCACCAAUCUCAAAGAUUUGGCAUCGAUCCAAAUGGAUCACUUGCAGAUGGUGUUCCACAAGGAUUGGGCAAACACCAUGGCCAUCAACGUUCUUGGAACAGUUCAGGGAUUAGAAGAUGAGCGUGGUGAGUUUCAGCUGCAAACAUUUCAGUCAUUUGAAAGCUCAGUGGAACCCCUUUCAAUCAGCUUUCUCUUCGACAAAGAUCGAUGGAAAAAAAUGUGGGAGUUUACUAAGGAAAUGUUGAACGUAUUCCUGAUGCAGACACCGUGGUUUCUUCUGAUGGGGCAAGUGAUGUUGGCAACAGUGAUGCAGUCUAGCCUCACUGACGGUGGCAAUGAUUCCAAGAAGAGGCAAACCAGGGAGUUCUCGGAUGUCAUUUCCAAGCUACAGCUGACUCUGGACCCAUCAGCGGCAGAGGUAGGAGAUUCUGGCGAUCACAGUGGGGGAGAACAUGAGGAUCGUGAGAAACCGAAGGACUCGGACGUGUCGGAACCCAACGGCGAGAAAACAGUUGAGUUCCUCACUACGCUGAGGGAACGGUACGACUGGACAGAAGAUGAGUUGAAGAAAGAAUGGGAGUUAGCAAAAACCAAUCCAUGUGCUGUUUGGGCAAAAGAUGAUUAUGGGGUGCCUGUGGUUUCCUUACUGAAGAUCGUGAAUGCAAAGAAUGCCCGGAAGUUGUCUCACGCAGAUGAAGUGGGAAAGCUCGAGGAUCACAUCAAGGAGUUUGAACUGAUCAAAGUGUUCAUCAAUGCGGUUUUGUUGGACCCAAAGGCUUGGAAGGACAAGUUCUACUGUGCCGGAGCUAUUCAGGAAUGUCUUCCAUCAGAUCCCACGAAACAAUCCACUUGUGGCUACAUGCUUCGGGGGUUGCCCACACCAAAGCUAGGUCCUUUACCUAGAGAUGCAAUCAUUGAAGAACUUCGUGCUGAUGACAGUAAAGUUUCGAAGCAACGUCGUGACAUUGACUUUCCUUCCUUGGAGCAAGAUAUUUUCCAUGAAGAUGCUGUACUCAAAGCCAUCUUGGAGUUGUGCUGCCACGACCGAUUUGCUUGCCCCUACCGCAAAGUUCCAGAUUACGGGAAGGUGGCUCUUGACAUGUACAACAUCAUCCCUGGUCUUCCACGUCUGACAAGAGUCAAGCUGCAAGAUGACGACAAUGAGGAAGUUUCAAAGCUGGAGCAAGCUCAGCCAGUUCAGCCAGUGGAAUCCACAGCAGUGGUGGCUGCAGAUCCAGUGGCUACUCCGGCCACUCCCCCUGCAGUAGCACACCAGCUGCAGCCGCCACAGUCAGAGUCACAGCCGCAGCAAGAGCAAAAACCCAAAGAAGAAGAAGAACAAUUGCUGAGCAAAGCCGGCACAGCACCACCACCAUCGCACCCGCACCCAGUGCAUGGUCAAAAUGUGUUUGAUGUCUUGUCCAGCGACGAUGAACCACAGCCGCGGCAGCAGCAACAGCAGCAGCCCAGCAUGGCCCGUGACGCAGCUGAUUGCAGUGACGAUGACAUGAAUCCGCCGCCUCGGCCUCCGCCAGUCACAGUCCCCACGCCAGCACGAGCAAACACAAGCACUAAAGCUGCUGCAGAGGCAGAGGCUGCAGAUGCAAAGUCAAAGAACAACAGCGGCAAUGGCAAUGAUUCGUCCAACAGCAGCAGCAGCAGCAGUGAUGAUGAUGAGCAGGAGCCGGAGCACCAGGAUGAGGAUGAGGAUGAGGAUGCUGAGGCUGAGGAAGCGGAAGAGGAAGAGGACGCUGAGGAUGCAAACGAAGUAGGAGACGAGGGAAGCCGGGGGCGGGGGCGUGGCAGAGGCAAAGGCCGGGGAAGGAAGCCUGGUGGUAAGAGCAAAGGCCGAGCAACGCCCACAACACCCAAAACUCCCAAGGCCAAAGCCAAGGCCACAGCGAAAGCGAAGUCCACUGCAGCCAAGAGCAAAGCCAAAUCAGCCAGCAAACCAUCAGCAGCAGCCAAGAAAGCCAAAGCAUCCCCCAAGCCACCCGCCCGUCGUGGUAAACGUGGUCUUGAUGAUGAUGAUGAUGCUGAUCAGAAAAAGAAGAAGAAGUCUGUGUUGAGAAGCUUUUCAAGCAGCAUCAUCGACAGAAGUGAGGCGGUGAAUUGUGUGCAGGAUGCCAUCAGCAAGCUUGAAGCGGCUUUUCGAGAUGCGCUCUCACCUUUAUGCUUGGUUGCAAUCCUGGCCGUGGUGGAACAGAAUGUUGCAACCGAAGUGCAGGCAGCCACUGGCACACAGAUGCAACAGGUCACCUUCUUAGAUGAUAGAAACCUCAUUGCAAAGGGAGCCCAGAUGGCACGAAGCUGCGUCGAUGCCUGGGCCACCAUUUCUGCCCAGGACUUCGCCUUAGAGCAGAUAGUGCAAACUGUGCGGAUUCUUGGAGUUGAUUUUACCAGCAAUCCCAGAAGUGCAGACCGCCCAGUUGCGGCCCAACGAUUGCAAGAGGCCACUGCUUUAGUGCGUCGCAUAGGCUCCCUCCCACAUGGUGUUUUUCGCAGAACGUUGUUGGAAGGUCACAGCCUUGACCCUAGGUUUCGGGUAGGCGUCCAAGCCUUCAGCUUCUUUGAUCACCUCAUUCGCGCUGGUGACAUUUUCUGGCAGCGACAAAACUUGACUGGCACCUGGCCACAGCGUGUUUGUCAGUUCCUCUCUUGGCUGAACUGGCACAAGCAAGCUGGAUGGACGUGGUCACACGACGACCUGGCUUCCAUCUCCCUGCGCGCUGACGAUGAUGUGGACAAGGUACACUUCACAUUACAUCAGCUCAGAAAUUCUUGGCGGAUACGAGCAUGGCAAAACUUCACACAACCUGGAAGACGUGAAGCAGCAGAGGUCACUGAAAUGCCAUUCCCGGCUCAGCGAUAUAAGCCGGCCCACUCCUGGUUUGAAAAAGGCUCUUCCCAUGAGAGAGCCGUGCUAUCCAGAGCUUGUGUUAGCCCUGCUCGCUUUGCAGUCAUGCACAAGCAACCCAUCCCUCAAUGGUGCAGUUACUGUAACAGUGCUUACGUUCCCAGCUGGUUGCACCUGUGCUGGGAAUGUGAAGGUUUCGCACAAUCGCGGCCGCCUCGGCCACAUUGUCCUUUGACUCUCGCACUUCACUGGCCAUGCCUGGAUUCAGACUACGGCCACUUAGUUCUUCAGCACAUGGCUCAGGUCCGAGCCAAGUGUCUGACUGAUCGCUACGAUGGGGCCUAG